AAUUUUCCUCGUCAUUUGCCAGCAGCAUAUGUUCUCGAUUCUGUUACCACGUUACCGAAUAUUCGGAUUUUCUGCUCCUCAAGUUGAACGAAUUCGGCGGCAGCCCCCACGCAGACUGUGGUUCCCUCUUGCUCUAUCGCCCUCGUGGCGGUCUGAGAGCUGGCACGACAACACUACUCCUAUCAAGGGGCUCUUUUCUUGCUCCGCCGGUGCAUUCAGCGAAAGCAGUGGUGACAUAACACUUCAAUUGUCUCUCUACUUUGGCGCCCGUAGUACGUUUUUGCUUUUCACCUGUGCGUCGUCUGCGUUUUAGCUCGGCGUCUCUCACUGAGGCAUAAACGCAGUUGCUCUGGGAAAAGAACGUAAAGUUGUUGUGCCGAUGGAGAAUUACCGCACAACGAGGAGAGGCGAGAAUCUUUUCGGCUUUGUGAAAACGAGAGCGGCGAACCAGAACGUUUUUCGUUACUUUAUCGGGGAUUUCCCCGUACUUCUUUGCAUCAGAUAUUUUUGAGAACAGGGAAACAGUUUUCGGUUCCGCCUGGGGUGCAGAUAAAACUGCAAAUACACGAAUACGGCAGUCUUUGAACCUUUGCUUCUCUUUUUCGAUCUAGCUUUUUCUGUGGCACCCUGCCAACUUCGCUGUCUCAUCCCGAAUCAUGGCGCGGGUCCGAACACUCGCAGACCUCCGCACAGAGGACGAGGCGGACGAGCACACGCCCCUCUAUAACGCUGAAACAGGCAGUCGGGACUCCGAUUCAACGAGCAGUGGGGGUGCAGCGCCCCGGUCGAUGCCUAUUCGCUUUCUCGAGCUCCUCUUCCCUCAUUUCUCCCUCAGAAGCGUCGUUCUUGCAAUCAGCAUUGUCGACUGGAUUUUCUACAUUGUUACUGUGUGCUUAGAUACAGAGCUACCGCUGAUCCCAGCCGCAAAUAUUUUGGUGCACUUUGGGGCCAACUAUCCGCCUCUGAUAAAGCAGGGUCAGGUAUGGCGCCUGCUCCUUCCCGUCUUUCUGCACGCAAAUUUUUUCCACGUUUUCUUCAAUGUCUUCUUUCAACUCCGCAUGGGGUUCACCAUCGAGCGACGCUACGGCCUGCUCAAGUUUACUGGUCUCUAUUUCGCAUCGGCAAUCUACGGGAAUCUGCUCUCGGCCACCGCGUUCUUCUGCAACUCUCUCAAAGUUGGAGCCAGUACGGCAGGCUUCGGUUUGAUCGGGAUUCAAAUUUGCGAGAUGGCGCUGACGUGGCAUCGCAUGCGACAUCGCGACCGCAUGCUGACGAACAUGGUGUCCUUUGUGCUCCUGAUGGUACUUCUCAUGUUCACUCUCAAUGGAGGUAGCAUCGACCAGAUGGGCCAUCUUGGAGGUCUUCUCUGUGGCUUCUCUAUCGGCAUGUUGUAUAACAAGGAAUUGAACGAUAAGCCUGUGUGGUACCCCUGGGCGUCUGCAGCCGCGAUCGGCAUUUUACUUGCCUUGCCAGCAGCGUGCUUCCCAAUUCUCUAUGCUGUUGAUCGCCAUUGCCACAGGGAUUUGUCCUACAUUUAGGCAUGCGUCAGUUUUGUGCAGCAAAUGAAGCGCAGAAAGGACACGAAAAUGUCCCGUUGUCAAUAGGCCCAAUACCCGGUAUUCUAACGGCUCAGUGGCCCUCCCUGAUUACUUACCUUUCAUAUAGGCGUUCGUUAUUUCAUGUUCUGUCGCGUUACUCAUUUUCUGCUAUUCUACUUGUACUCAUUGUAGUGAACAUGCAUGUAUUUAAAUCUCGCUGCGUGCGUAUGUGGAAGUGCGAAUUUCAACUUGGCGCUGCUCUGAGUGUCUGCUACUAGUAAGGAUGUCGGCAGGUUGUGUGAGUCGGUGGAUCGACGGUGGAGAGUUCUUCUGGCUAUCCGUAGCCGCGAUAGUCAGCAUGACGGGAAAACUUGUAGUGGCUAGGGUUGGCGAGUGCUUUCUUCUCAGGGUUUCGAGCUUGGAGAUAUAGUUGUGAGUCAUGGAUGCCACAUCAAAUCACUGACACUUCGUAAAUAACCCGUGGUGCUC